AUGUCUCAGACGCAAGUGCUGGACGGAGUUUGCUCGCAUGCGUUGCGCUCGCUCUCGGACACGAAAGACACGCUGAUUCUCGUCUGUAUCGGGCUAUUGGAAGCGAUGGAUCGUCUGCAAGAGCGUCUGCAUUUUCCUACGUCUAUUGUAAAGGACCUCAAGCGCCGCUUGGCCAAGAUGGUGAGCAGGUCGUCGGUGAGGCUUUCGACCGAGUGUCCUAGAGCUCGGGAGCUAGGCGACGUCGUCGCAGAUAGCAACGUGUGGGAUACCGCUGAGCCAGAAGAAGUGAGGGGCGUCGUGCACUUCGCGCUGGCAGUUGCUGCAUCGCUGCGGAGUGUCGUUGUCACCGCGUCUCUUGGUGUGUGUCAUGGUAUUUACGUGGUGGUAAUGAGUUUGCCUGGAGUUGCCACGGCCUGCUCGUUGUUUUAUGGACUACUGCAAGCAGUGGAGGACACACUGAGACUGUCGAGUGAAGAGAUCAUGGGAACUACGUCUGCGGAAGGAUCAGGAACAGGCAGCGGACGAAGUCGGAGUUACCACCACCGCCACCGUCGCAGUGCUGAGCAUUAUAUGGCCGACCCAAGCUUGACGGCGGUGGUGCUAGAGUACAAAGAAAAAGAAUGUAUGGUGCCGCCGAGUAUAGAUCGAAGGAUACGGCGCGUCAUGCACUUCCAGAUCCCGCUCCAUCCAUUUGAAGCAACUGUGCGAUUACCUCCAGACAACGCGCAAGCCGUUUCAUCAUGGAGCAGAUCAACUAGUGGUGGCAGCGCUGGCGAGGAUGAGACCACUUCAAGCUACGCUCACCUGAGUUCCGCGACACCGCGGUCAAUUCCAGUGUCACCUUCAGCUCGCAAGCGCGUGCAGCUGGCAUUUUCUAAUUUUUCCGAUGACGUUUUAUACCAAGUUCGUGAUAGGUUACGACAGGAGCGCGCGGUAACGCUAACGGGUGAGCACGAUCUGCGUGUGCCGCGGUUUAAUGCGCACGAUUGUCACGAAGACAUAUAUUUAUCCUGCGGCCGUCACUGUGCAUCCAAGACUGGCACAGGCAUGUACCGUAGCGUCCGCGUAUCUGUGCCAUUGCGGAAGAACCGGUUCGUGUAUUUCGAAAUGGCGCUGCAGCAGGGACGGACACCGCUAAAUGCAGCAGACCAAAGCGCCCCUAGUUCUCUGCAAUCGGGACAUCAGUCGUCGUCUUUCUUGGGAAGCGAUGCUGGCGUCAACAUCAGUAGUGCGAGUGAUCGAGUUGGUAGUGACACAAGCGUUUGCAUCGGGUUGUCUACGCGGCUGAUGCCACUGAACACUCUCGUUGGAGCGUCGAAACAUUCGAUCGGAUUCUACUCAGCCGGACACGUCCUCGUCGGCUCCGACAGGCGGCGCAUUAUUGGAGUUGGUCGUAAAUACGGGUUCCAGUCCACUGUCGGGCUGUUGGCUCAACUAGUAGAUCACCAGGAGGAUCGGGCGGAACUUCUGCUGUCCCAGCAAACGUCCGCUUCGUUUCCAUCGAGCUCGAGCGACGACGGUUCGUCUGUCGGUGUGGCAUUUGUGCGCUUCACUGUUGAUGGGAUCCCAGUUCGUGACAGCAACAAUCGUGUGAUGGAGUUCACGUUACCUUUUCCAUCUAAAAGUGAGCUUUACCCGACAUUGACACUGCAUUCUCAGGAUGUCCACGUGUUUGGCCAGAUGUCCGCACCCGACAUCAGCGGGUUCAACUUACAGGAGCUGGAUUUGCCCGUUGAAGAGCCUGUUGAGAUAUGGUGUCUCGACGGUUUGCGCUUAAACAUUGCGGCUUAG